CUCAGCCUCAGAUCGAGCGUCUGCUGCCUCAGUGGCUCACCGGCAUCAUUGCCGUCUCCGCUUUCCUCUUCCUCAUCUUCGUCACUUUGCUGGUGAAAAAGGCCUGGUGUGAGAAACCCAGCAGGAAGACCGCUGUGGAGUCAGAGUCCGAGAGAGAAAAUGAAUUUGUGGUGACCAACGGAAACACGUACGAGACCAAACUGGACACGGUCAGGAGGAAGAGCACUGCGGAGUCAGCGAGAGAAAAUGAAUUUGAAAGCACCUACGAGACCACACUGGAGAUGGCCAGGAGGAACAGCACUGUGGAUUCAACUAGAGAAAAUGAAUUUGGAAACACCUACGAGACCACCCUGGAGAUGGUCAGGAGCAAAGAAGAACCAAACGCCUUCGACAACCUGGCGUUCAGCAGUGCUGGAGAUAAGGUUACGUCCAUGUGACCGUCCUGAACUGAUCCUAUUGGAUGUCUCAUUGCCGUCGGCACCAAAUCUGGACCGAGACAAAACUCACAGAAAAUUCAUUUUUAUAAAGAAUAAUGAACAUUUACAGAUGAUGUUUCUUUGUGUUAAUAUUAGCUUUGUUUAGUUGGACCUGUUGUCCCAGGCGGGUGGAGCUUACGAUGAGGAGCUUCAGAUAUCAUCCAUGUUGAAUUUUUCUCAGUUUUCAUCUUUAAAUGCAGCAAAAUGAACUUAGCAGAACGUGUAACAUUUUAUUGAUUUUUAAUCUUUUGUCACCUGAUGGCUUGAACUGGAUCAAUAUGUGUGUCAGUGUUUGCCUGACUCUGUAAAAGGUCUCCAGUCACAGACUGAGAUCAGUAAACACGAGGGAAAGCUGCUGUCUGUCCUGUGAUCUGAUUAAUAAGUUAUCUUUUCUAACAAA